UAUAUGCACUCUGGAUGGUCCCCGAGCUAUUACCUGCUUUUGUGCUCAAAGGAGGUGAAGUUUCACGUUUUGUUAUUGGAGGUGCUGAUUUGAUGUUUCCUGGCAUUAGCAUACCUUCAGAGGGUUUUCCAUCAUUCCUAGCGGCCCAACCAUGGGCGGUGAAAGUUCCUGGUAAUGCAGCACCUAUUGCAGUGGGGACUACCAUGAUGAGCAGCACGGAGGCCCUAAAAGCUGGUUUACGUGGCAAAGCAUUGCGAGUCUUGCAUUAUUAUCGUGACUCUUUGUGGGAAUUGGCUGAAGGUUGCUAUGUUCCAAAUGGGGGAUUCCUGGAGGAUAUUGUUAUUGAAGAUCCUGCUCUAAAUGCAACUUCUCACACAUCAGAUGCUUUAGGAAAUAUUUUAAAUGAUGCACUUGAUACUGUCUCAGAUAAUAAUAUGCAGCACCUUAAUAUUCCGUCCGUCCAUCCUGAAGAGGACAACGAUUCUCUACAUGGUGAUUCUAGGCGUGAUGACUUUGGAGAAAUGGCAGCUGAUAUAAUCAGAUUAAAUGUGUCAGAAAGUGUUUCAGCUGAAGUACAAAAUGAAGUAAAGGAUCAUUUGGCACAAUCAAAUGAAAUAGAUUCUCUACUGGAUAAAUGCCUUCUGCAGGCAUUUCAUAUGACUGUCAAAGAUAAAGAUCUUCCAUUGUCUGGAAGCAUACUUUGGUCAAACCAUGUAUUGGCUUGCAGGCCAGCAGGCAUCACUUUGGACAUUAAAAGAUCUUCUCAUAAGAAGCUUUCAAAAUGGUUGCAAUCAAAGUCUUCUGCUGGGUUGAUAUCGGCAAAGGAAGAUAAACACAAGAAGGAAAUUAUAGUGCUCUCUGUGAACCGUGCACAUCCAGACUAUAUAUCUUUCAAGCCAGAGAAGCGUGUUACUGAUGUUGUUGAUCAGAAGGCUGAUUCUUCUGCAGGUGAUACUCACCAGAGUAAAUCACAGCUUGAGGUUGUUGAGCUUUACAAAUCAAGCGCACAUGUCAAUCUCAUAUUCUCAUCUGUUGGUGCUGAUACUGGAAAAUAUUACACUGCUUCAGAAUCAAGUGAUGUUGUCUUCAGAUACAUAGAGAGAGAAAAUCUAACCAAUCCAUUGAACAAAGCAAUGGUGAUUUUAGAUGCUACACUUUGUGAUGCUCUUUUCAAAGGAUCCAUUAAAAAGGGUGUAAUGUACCCUACAGAGAUUCAGAAGAAGGAGCUAGGAGCAACAUUUCUAAAUCGAAUGCAAGCUUUCCACAGGGUUUGUAGGGAUAAUGAGGUUGCUAUCCGCAAGGGUUCUAUUAGACCAAUACAAAUUAUGGCUGAACGUCGGCAGGGAAACAAGAAGGUGACGAGAGUCUCAGGAGUUGAGUAUUUCUUAUUGGAUGCUGAAUCAUUAGCCUCUGAACUUCAAAAGAAAUUUGCAUGCAGUACAUCAAUAUCUGAGCUUCCAGGGAAAAAGGGACAAUAUGAAGUGCUCGUACAGGGUGGAGUGAUCGACGACCUUGCUAAACAUCUCGUUGACGACUAUGGCGUCCCCAAAAGAUACAUUGAGGUGCUUGAUAAAACCCGAAAAUAAGUAGUAAAAUCAUUUUAUAUCAUACUCCGUAAAUAGCUAAAUAAAUCUACAAGCCAUAAACAUCAUCUGUUGCAAGUCCGGACCUGGCUGUAACGUUUGUUCUAUAGCUUGGAGGGUAACGUCUUUAUCGAAUCUGCUCAUAUUAAAUUUUCUAUUUGAACUUGGUUCCUA